AUGGAUUCUCUGGACUUAGUGAGCCCUUACCUGUUCACGUACAAAAAGAGGAACUUUCUGGUUCAGGACAAAUUGCGACCCAACGACCUCGACACUCUCCAGCAUUUUGAGCUCCGUCCAACUGAUGUCCUCCUCAUCACUUACCCCAAGUCAGGCACAGUUUGGAUGCAACAGAUCACUGUCCAGAUCAUGGAUGAGGCCCACCCGGAACAGGCAGAAGAUGCCAGCAACAGGAGCCGAGUUCCUUGGUUGGAGGAAAGAACUGCAGAUGACCUGAACCGAGAAAGGCCAGAUCCUCGGAUCUUUGGCACACAUCUCCCCCCUGACAUGUUGCCCCUCGCAGUGAAAGACAAGCAAAUCAAGGCUGUUUAUGUCUGGAGGAACCCGAAGGAUAUCCUGGUGUCCCUCUAUCACUUUGCUCAUAGUUGGGUUUUACUGGAAACGCCAAAGAGCUUUGAGGAUUUCUUCCAGCAGUUCCUGGAUGGUAAAGUUUACAUGGGAGCAUGGUUUGAUCAUGUGAGCGAGUAUUCUGCAGCACGGAACCAACUGAACAUCCAUUUUGUGCAGUACGAGAACCUGUUGAAGGACCUCAGAGGGGAAGUUGUGAAGCUUUGUUCUUUCCUUGGAAAAGACUUGACGGACGAAGCCAUCGAUCGUGUUGUGGAGAGGUCCACCUUCAAAAACAUGAAGACCAACCCCAAUGCAAACUAUAAGGAUUUACUCGAAAAAGAACGCUACAAGAAGGAAACCAUGCGUAAAGGGGUGGCGGGCGACUGGAAGAAUCACUUGACAGUGGCCCAGAAUCAGCGUUUUGACGAAGUCUUCAAAGAAAAGAUGAAGAACCUUCCUCUGACCUGCAUCUGGGAGAUGAGUCAGUAG